GGUCUACUGCGCACACGCAUUACCACCGCCAACCCCACCGCACGAUCCUAUAAUGGAGUCGAAAGCUGCUCCAAAUCUUCAUCACAUCUUCCGUUCCCACUAAAAUUCCCUCCGUUCUAUCCUAUUUUUCAAAUCUUCAAACCCUUACAUAAUUCCUCUUUAGCCUUUCUUUUUAGAUGAUUCAAUUCAAAACUCUUGCUUCUGGAAAUGGAGAUAGACGAGAGAUUCGAGAUCCGGGAUGGUGUGGAAGAAUGCACGACUCCGAAGAGUGAUGAAUAUCGAAUACCAGCACCGGCUGUUUGUCCGCCACCUCCGAGGAAGAAAUCUGUGGUGGGGAAAAUGCGAGAGCCACCUAAAAAAGGGUAUUUUCAAUCGCCUGAUCUUGAUCUUCUGCUUUCCAUGCCGCCUCGGCGGCGACAAGCUUGGGUUUAGUCUCUUAACGUGUGUAAUCUUGUUUACGGUGUGCAUUAAUUAAACAGCCUGUAUAGAAAUUGUUAUU